CGCGGGGUCCGGGCGGCCCACCUGCCGCACGGCGGCCCCCGGCGGCCUGGCCGCGAGCCGUCCCCGCGGCGGAGGGGGAUGGGGAGGGCGGAGAGCGCGGAGUUGGAGGCAGACACCGCCUCGGCGGCGGGCACGGUGACGGCCGCAGACAGACGGCGGCGGCGGCGGGAGACGGCCCCCUCCUGCGCGGGGAGGCGGGACACCUCCCUGGCGGCCGCGGCGCUGCACCCCCAGCCCCGAGGCGGCGGACCGGGCCGGGGACGAGCGGGCGAGCGCGACUGGCCCUGCCCGCCCCGAGCGAGCGAGCGAGCGACACGGCGGCCGGCGGCCGGGGAUCCCCUGCGAGCCGGGGAGGAGCCGCCGCCGCCAGACAGACUGCGAGUCCCCGGGAGAGGGAAAGGGGGGCGGGGAGCGCGCGGGGGGCCGGGGGGUGAGGUCUGCGGCUCUUAGAGCCCCGCGAGCCGCGCCCCCCGCCGCCGCGGCCCCGCGCCCCUCCCCGCGGCCGGCAGGCAGGCCCGGCGGCCCCGAGAGCCGCACUGCGGGCGGCCCGGCCCCGCUCCGGAGGGGCGGCCGCAGACUGGAUGCGGGACCUGGGCUGCUCGAGUGACGUUACAGCAGGAAUUGGGCAACAUCUGUGUGCCCUCAUCCACACGAUCCCUAAGUGGAUCUAGAAUUUCUUUCCCAAGUGCGGUUGUGCUAUCCAGUUUGCAAAAAGGCUCCAUCCCGUCCCCCCGCCCCUGGCCAGCCGCCCUCCCCUGUGCGGUGCGGCCACGGCCUCCUGGCUGAAGUUCUACAUUUGUAACAUCAUCUGCUUAUAAAACCAAGGACUGACACCAGUCUUCAUACAGCUUAAAAGAAAGAGGAGAGAGGCAAAGCACAGAGAGCAGCAGAUCAGACCAUACCGAACUCCACUGGAGCGUCUGAGCCUGAGACGUGAAGGAUGCUGGCUGCCGAGCUGCAGAGGAGGCCCCGGCUCUGAGGGGGAGAGCAGGUCUCACACACACAGCUUCCGCCCCUCCCGGGCUCACCAUGGCCUGCACUCUCUGGCUGGCCAGCUGACGUGACUGUGCCCCGAGUGUGCGCGUGCUGGACUGGGUGCUGUCCCAGGUACCGCCUGCUCUCUGGGAGCAGGGCAAGUGGGCAUCAGAUGCUACCCAAAGCUGGACCGGGCAAAGCAAUGGACUCCGACAAGCGAAGAUGGAAGUGACCUGAGGCCUCGCCCAGGCGGUUUCCUCUUUCCAGGACAGCUCAAUAGUCGGAGCACAGGCUUGUCUGGGGAGCAGUAUGCAGGAAGCUGGUUUUCAGGCCACAAAUGCUUUCACAGAGUGCAAAUUCACCUGCACCAGCGGUAAAUGCUUGUAUCUUGGCUCACUGGUCUGUAACCAACAGAACGACUGUGGGGAUAACAGCGAUGAAGAAAACUGUCUCCUGGUGACAGAGCAUCCACCUCCGGGCAUCUUCAACUCGGAGCUGGAGUUCGCCCAGAUCAUCAUCAUCAUUGUGGUGGUCACAGUGAUGGUCGUGGUCAUCGUCUGCCUGCUGAAUCACUACAAGGUGUCCACGCGGUCUUUCAUCAACCGUCCGAGUCAGAGCCGGAGGCAAGAGGACCGGCUGCAGCAGGUGCUGCAGCAUGAAACUAAUGAUUUUCUUGUGAUGUCCCCCUCCCUCCCCUGCCAGGAAGGGCGCCUGUGGCCUUCAGACAGCUCUGGUCCUCAGCCUGGUGGCUCAGAGAUCAUGUAUGCCCCACGGUCUCGGGACAGGUUCACUGCCCCGUCCUUUAUCCAGAGGGACCGGUUCAGCCGCUUCCAGCCCACCUACCCCUACGUGCAGCACGAGAUUGACCUCCCCCCCACCAUCUCCCUGUCUGACGGGGAGGAGCCGCCUCCUUACCAGGGGCCCUGCACCUUGCAGCUCAGGGACCCCGAACAGCAGAUGGAACUCAACCGAGAAUCUGUGAGGGCCCCGCCCAACCGGACCAUAUUCGACAGCGACUUGAUAGACAUCUCCGUGUACAACGGAGGGCCGUGCCCGCCCAGCAGCAAUUCGGGCAUAAGUGCCAGCACCUGCAGCAGUAACGGGAGGAUGGAGGGGCCGCCCCCGACCUACAGCGAGGUGAUGGGCCACUACCCAGGAGCCUCUUUCUUCCAUCACCAGCACAGCAGCACGCACAGCGGGGGCAGCCUGCCGCUUCGGCACGACGGCUCGGGGGGCACCGUGGUGCCCAUCCAGGGCAAGGACAGGAAGCCUGGGAAUCUCGUCUGAUCCUCCAGCAUGCACUCGAGCGGAGAAGAAGAGACCGAGGAUGAAGGAGGACUGCACAGCUCCUCGGCUCCCGGGCUCAGGGUUCAGUUUUACGUGCGACAACUAAGUAAAACCAAAUAUGCAAAUGUGGUCUUUGUUUCUGAUUCCUUCCAGGGGAAUUGCAU